GACCGUCCAGGGCCACCACCUUUGCCCAAGGAGGAUCAAAAGGAAUGGAACAGACUCGUUAAGGAGAGAGGAAGUGACAUCUCAGCCUCUGAUAUUCACCCUAAUGCCCGCAAACCUCCAACACCAGACUUUGAAGGAGAGGAGAAUCCGCAUACUGGAGAGGUGGGGGGACCAAAGAAGGAGCCGCUACAGUGGGAGAGGGAAUGGACAUAUGGUGGGAGGGCGACGGACUUUUGA